AUGAGCGACGAGGUCAAGAGCAUGGGAUCCGCAUCGGCGGACACGACACUCGACAGCAGCUCCCGCGGCGAGGGCCCGUCCUCAUCACUUGACAAUGCCAGCGCCGACAGCGCCAUCGUGGUGCGGCGCAACAAACCCAUUGCCGCCUGGCGCCUCGCCGUCAUAUUCUUUUGCAUUGGCAUGGGCCUGUUCCUCUCGCUCCUCGACGCCACCGUCGUCGCCACCAUGCUCGUCGACAUAUCCGCCGAGUUUGAAGAUUUCAAAACCUCUUCCUGGGUGGUCUUGGCCUAUACACUCACCGAAGUCGGCUUCGCCGUCGCCAUGGCCCGGCUCUCCGACGCUCUCGGCCGCAAGACCGUCGUCGUCGCCUCCUUUACCAUUUUCCUCGCCGCCUCCAUGGGUUGCGCCGCCUCGGCCAACCUCGACCAGCUCAUCGGCUUCCGCGCCGCCCAGGGCGUCGGCGGCGCCGGCCUCUACGCCAUGGCCAUGGUCACUUAUCCGGAGCUCAGCCCGCCCUCGCGUGUCGUCCUCGUCACGUCGGCCCUCGGCGUCAUUGUCGCCCUGGCCGGUGUCUGCGGGCCCGUCAUCGGCGGCUUGCUCACCACCUAUGUCGGCUGGCGUUAUGUGUUUUGGAUAAACGGCCCGUGUGCUUUCGUACCUGGCAUCCUCCUCUUACUCCUCUGGCCCAAAGAUUACCAGCUCUUCGUCAAGAUUGACAUGCGCCGCCUCGACUACCUAGGCGCCGUUCUCGUCCUCGCCGCCACCAUCCUCCCCGUCUUCAUCAUCAACCAGGCCGCCAUCCGCGACUACGCCUGGCGCAGCGCCCCGACAAUCUCUGUCCUUGUCAUCAGCGGCCUCUGCUGGAUCGGCCUCGUCCUUUGGCAGCGCCAGCUCGCCCGCGACCCGCGCCUCCGCCUCAUCCGGCCGCAGCUGCCCUUUCACAUUCUCACGAGCCGCGUCAUGCUCGCCGCCAUCUUCGACACGUUCCUAUCCGGCUUCGUUCUGCUCCUCGCCAUCAUCAACAUACCACUCCGAUCGCAAAUUGUCAACCUCUACGGGCCCGUCAAGGCCGGCGCCCUUUUACUUCCCAUGAUGGGCGGCGGCGCGGCCGGCUGUGCCAUCGGCGGAGGUCUCUCUCUGCGCCGCAACAACACCUUUCCCGUUCUCCUCGCCGCCAGCGCCAUCCUCACCAUAUCUUGCGGCGUCCUCUCCCGCCUCCCCGACGCCCCCAAGCCGCCAGCAUGGCAAUGGGGCCUCGAAGCCGUCCUCGGCGUCGGUCUGGGUCUGAAAAUCUCCAGUACCACGUUUCUCGCUGUUUUGCAGUCCGACUUUGAAGACCAUGCCAUCUCGCAGGGCAUCAUUGCACAGAUGCGCGUCUUUGGCGGCAGCCUCGGCGUCUCCAUCAGCAUUAUCGUCCUCAUCACCAAGAUCCAGGAGGGUCUGCAAGGCUCCCUCACGCCCGACCAGCUGGCCAGCUUCUACCGCUCGCCGCUCGCCCUCUUCCAGUUUGGCCCCAAGCAGCAGCUGCUGGCGCGUCAGGCUUUUAUUGACGCUUUUCGCCUCGACAUGUACAUUUGCGUCGGCGUGUCCGCAGCAUCGCUGCUCGUCGCCCUCUUCACGUACCAGCGGCAUCCGCCGUCGGUGCAGUCCAAGCUAGAGGAUCUGGAAAAGGAGCUGGCGAGGGGCGCGGCCUUGACAGAAGCUUCGCAGACAGCAGAAGUAUGA